AUGUCGACAUUAGGUAGCUCGCAAAUACCGGAGGCAACAGGAGAAUUCGGAAGCCCUCAAAGAUCUGCUGAAGAUGGACAGCCUGUUGUGGACAACUCCUCUCAGAUUUUGAAAGCCAGAAUAGCGCUGCUGGCAACGGCGAUCGGUGGACCAGAUCACAGUUCUGAGGUGGAUCCACCACCUUAUGUUAUUGGAGAUGACUGUCUAGCGUGCUUGAAGGACCUGAAGAGAUGGUUCAAGUUAGUGGAUGACAAGCAGUCGAGAUGGGACGUUGCCGCUGCCGCUGCACAAUACAACAUUUUAACUGAAGACUUGCUUCCGAUAUUAAUCAAUUGGGAUAAAGCCCAUUGCGAUGCCAUUAAAAAGGCCAAGAAAAAAGGUGGAACGCCCGAGGACUAUUUGGGAAACAAAAGUUACCAUCACAAGAUUGCGUUAAAUGCUCUACAGCUCAUGGUCUUGAUGACUUGGCCCCUUAUACUGACAGACCAGUCCACUCAAAACCAAGUCGCACACUACUCAGAACUGAAAAAGAGCCAGGUGAAGUACAAAAAGGCGAUACUCAGCGUCGAAAACGGACGUGUUCUAAGAUCCGCCAUUAGACUCGCUGUUGAAGUCAUAAAAACUGAAAAACGGCUCCGAACUCCUAAGGAUAACGUUGUGUUAAGACUAGUUCUUAAUUUUUUUAGAAACAUUGUCGCUAUUGAACCUAGCGACCUGACUAUCAGCAGCAAGAAAUCUUUGUCAAAAGGUAUCAAUUCCACGGACAUGCUUCCACCCAGCGUCUCGAGGGAUGACAUUUCUCUUUCUGCCGUUGUUGGAGCAUUUCAGACAAAUAAAGUUUUCAAAUUCUUACUGACCCUUUCUAGCUCCAUCAACCAGGAGUUUGACGCUGCAUUCAUAAACGUUCCCCUUUUGGAGCUCAUAUUCUUUCUUAUAAAAAACGCCUCUCAUUCCACUUUUUUCCCAGCUGGCGGCAAAACUUCAAGUAAACCAAAUCAGAAAAAUGAAGGGCUUGGUCAAACCCAGGUCGGCAGUGAACUCUCAAGGUUGCUAAAAAAAGAACGUGAAAUGAAAAAAACAGUGGUCAGGAACACCUCAACGAGACACUCGCGAUUUGGAAGUCUUUUGUCGAUCCAGACAUCGGAGCAUCAAAGGCUCACAGUGUCUGGAGGCCAGAAUAUUCUGGAUGGCGACUUCGCUUUACAGAAAAUGGACUCCCGAAAGAAAUGGAAUAAGAGAAGUGUUAUGAAAGAUGAACACGUCGAGGGACUGGCCAGCAACUUUUUGAACUUCAACGAGGAAGCUAGAUAUUGGGAUAACGCUACCGCUUUGGUGCUGAAAGAGUUUGUCGAUGAUUUUAUUGAAGUUGGCUUCAACUCCCUCUUGCGGAGUGUUACCGAUUAUUUUACUACCGAGGAAGACAAAAUGGUCGUGGUUCACCAGAUUCAAUAUCUGCUUUUCUAUUCCUGGUUUUUGAAGUACCAAAGACUUGCAAAGCAGAGUGAUCCCAAAUUAAACUUCCAGCCUGUGAUGUUUGCGCUUCGUGAUACAGCGUGCAUAUUAGUUAGCCAGAUUCUCCGGAAGGCUGUUGAACAAAAAGUUUGGGCCGUUGUGCACGCAGGAAUGAUAGCAUUCAACGAGAUAAUGUCGACGCUGGCCACUAUGGGCCCAGAAGAUGAAGAUAUUGCACAGUACGUCAAGGGCCAAAUUCUUCAAGAAGAGCGUAUAAAGCUUUUAUCCAGUCUGCCACGAACUGCUAGUAACCACUCAACUUCAUAUAUCAGAAGUUGUGUUUCGCUUGUUCAUACGCUCCUCAGAAUGCUUGAGUCAGACAGUAUUGAAAGUAAAGAACCCCAGGAAUCAAACAAAAACGCAAAAGGCAGAGACGGCACUUUUAGUUUAAUUGAAGCUGAGAGAAUAGCAGAGGAGGAGGGUAUCGAGAUUGAAGAGGCGCUUGAAAUAAUGGAGCAACGCUUUCGCAAAGCCAGCUUAGAUUAUAACAAAGUUCAAAGAGCUUUUUCUGUGGAAACUACGGUUAAGACAUACAUAUCCUUCCUCCAAAGAUUCAGAGAUUUGGAAGACGGGGACAUUAAAAAGGCUAUUCAGUUCCUAUAUCGUGUAUUUGCCGGAGUAAAAGAAGAGUCUUUGUUAUACCGAAUUGAUUUCAUGAUUCUACUCAAAGAUCUUUUGGGACCGACUGGGCUGUCAAUGGCGUCUAGAUCAAGAAAGCACGUAGUAAAGUUUGCGGAUUUUUAUAUGGCUAGGUUCAAGGAAAGACUAAAAGCCUCUCCAUCUUGGUUUGUUAGCAUUCUCUUCCCUACGAUUCAUGACAGAGAAGCUGGCCAUUACCAGAAAUACGGCGAAAAGUUGAUGGCAAACCAAAAUCAAAUCGUACUACCGUCAAGUAAAUUCAUUGAGGCUGAAGAGCUCAUUGGCCUUAGUGCCAGUGCUCUCCUAGAUUUCAAGUUCGGGGUAUUGGUUUCUUCGCUGAUAGACAAUGAGAAACGGGAAUGCGUGGAGGCCCUCAAACAAGCCCUCACAAGGACAUGCAAUGUUCUGAAAAGCUGGUUAUUAAAUGAAGUCUCGAGGGGAGAUGAAUUUGGGCACACCUCAAAGGAAUUUUUUGAGCCAGAAGACGCUUUUGUUAAGAGAUCAACUUACCGCGAUCCUGAUUUUAGAGCUUUAUUACAGCUCUGCGGUUACGAGGUACCACAGAGUGUCAAGGGCAAAUGCGUGUUAAUUCCUUCUACACCAAUCCCUGAGAUAGAGUCGUCAAUCACUCUUCUGGUGAAAUACCUAACCAAUGCGUUCGAUACUCCGAAUGGCCUGCCAUCAUCUUCUUACCUUACUAGGCCUAAUACACAAGGUGCUGAAGAUGACAGCUACUAUUUUACUAACGACGGUAUCCAAACUGAAGCUGAACAAGACGACACUGGCAAUCAGGACCAAUAUUUCAAGGCUUUAGAGUCAGACGCAUUAACCAACAAUUUGCAUUCAACGAGAGGUGUUGCACUCAAAAAGCGUAAGAAAGCUACUCGGAAAGAUAACGCUAAGCCUAAAACCAAUAAACAAAACUCCAAUCCCCGGAAAUCGGAAAGAGAGCCAAGCACUAACUCAGAGCCCUCCAACAAGCGCCAAAAUAUAACCAGCGCAGAGUACAUCAGUGAUUCAGACGACUCAAGUGAUGAGAGUAUGCACUCCAUAUUCUACGAAAACGAAAUGUACAUGAGAUUUUUACUCGACAAGCACGGAGGGCUGUUACCUCCAGAUAAGUUCGCUUUAUUUUCAGUUUUUAGCAAUGAAAGGAUCAAGAACGGCGGCUUGACUACUAAUGACUAUUCCUCAUUGUUUGGUGGCCCUAUUCCAAGCUUGGAGGGUCUCAAGCGGUCGGAGGGCUUAGAAGCUCCUCAAACAGUUUCUGGAAAAAUUAAUAAUGACCUUCAUGAUAGAGAAGUGCCGCGGUUGCUUGCCAAUCAACAGAAACAUCUGCAUGGUUCCUCACCAACUGGUUCUGAAGUAAUCCAGCCUCUCUCAAAUCAUCCUCUUUUAUCAGACGCUAGCGACAAGGAUGAUGAGGAGGUGUCCAAAACCCCUGCUCAAACUCGAAAAAGACAGAGAGUCAUGUUUGAGGAUGAUGACGAAUAG